AUGCUUAGAAAACGCGUUCGCUCUGAGUCGCCAGGCGAGUUCUCACAAUACGCUAAGCGCGCCCGCGUUCCGGCAUCCGCGGUACACAUCGACAGCGCACGAAAGAGCCAAACCGAACGCUCCCGCUCCGCCGAAUGCAAAUCCACGUCGCUGUCGCCAUCGUUACCUAGUGUUACUCGUGGCCGUAGCCUAUCAGUAGGCUCUGAUCAUCGCCCUGUCCAGCUUACCAAGGAGAACCUUGCGUCGUUCGAAGCGGCGCAUUCUUCAACUAUGCCAUCACAACGCACGGCAUCCCCCUCACGAAACGCCAGCGGUGCCAAUAUCGACGACAAGCAGAAGCUCGACGCGUAUAAUAUAAGGUUCGACGUAGGGGCGAUUCUACCAGCGGAGCUGAACACUUUUGUUGACGCGGUGGUGAGGAGAGCGCGUGACGGACCAGCGUCACCUAAUGCACAGCGUACGGUGGAGCGACGGCGCCGAGCCGCUCUACAAAAUGAGGCUACAGGAAUCGCUACAUUAGAAAAGUCCCUGCUUUUCGAAGGCCAAGCUGGAGAUGAAGAAAAUGGAGUUCCUCUGCUAGAGAAGAAGGCGAACGUUAACUUGAGUCGAUGUUACUAG